AGUUCCAUGGUGUAUGACCCACUUUUUCAUAAUACUCCACUGCCCGUGUUUUUACAACACACAUCAGAAGUUCUGGACAUACCGGGCUGAGACCCGAAAAAAUUUCUGGUCGCCGAGUGGUCGGCGGAGAGGUGAAUUCGGAGGAUUGAAGAUGGGACUGGCUCGUAUCGAUCAGAGGACGACUAAGCAUUGCCGAUAGCCUGCGGAUAAUGAGCCAGCCCAGGGUGUGAACGGAAUGUCUGUGGAUGAGAAGACUGAAUCCCCCAUGUAUGUGUAUGAGUCCACAGUCCACUGCACCAAUAUCCUCCUGUGCCUCAAUGACCAGCGGAAGCAGGAUAUUCUCUGUGAUGUGACUUUGAUUGUGGAGGGCAAGGAGUUCCGGGCCCACCGGGCCGUCCUGGCCGCGUGCAGCGAAUACUUCUUGCAGGUGCUCGUCGGGCAGACGGAAAAUGACUUGGUCGUCAGCCUACCCGAGGAGGUCACGGCCCGGGGCUUCGGCCCGCUGCUCCAGUUCGCCUACACCGCCAAGCUGCUGCUCAGCCGGGAGAACAUCGAGGAGGUGAUCCACUGUGCCGAGUUCCUGCGCAUGCACAACCUCGAGGACUCCUGCUUCCGCUUCCUGCAGACGCAGCUGCUGAACAGCGAGGAUGGCCUCUUCCUGCGCAAAAGGGACACCCCGUGCCAGCGCAUGCACGACGCCGAGAACUCAGAGGGGGAGGAAGAGGAGGAGGAGGAGACGAUGGAGUCGGAGACGUCGAAGGCGUCCUGCCCGAGGGAGAGGAUGACGCGCUCGGAGCCCUUCCCCUCGGAGCCGGUGGCGCCCGUGGCCGAGGGCGAGAGGGGCCUGCCCCCGCCCUGCCCUGACGCGCCGGCCGGGGGCAAGGACCACGUGGCUGGAGACGCGCUCCCCCGCUACCCGAGAUACAAGAAAUACCAGCUGGCCUGUGCCAAGAACGUCUUCGCCGCCCCCCUCAUCGGUACCUCAGGUUUUGCGAGCACAUUCGGCGGAGAGGACCCCGGGCCCGGCCUCCGGACGGCCCUGGUGCUGGGCCAGAUCAAGAGCGAACCUCAGGGCGAGGAGAACGAAGAGGAGAGCGUCACCCUCUGCCUGUCCGCGGACGAGCCGGACGGCCGGGACAGGGAGGGGGAUGUGGACAUGGACGGCAGGGAGCCCGCCGCGGCCUACGUGGACCAGCGGCCCCCCGGCGGCGGCGCCUCCCCCCCUCCCCGCCUCCGGCCCUUCUUGGAUGGGACGAAGAGCGCGGACUUGGCCGGCCCGUCCGGUCCCUCCUCCCAGCAGCCCUUCGCCCGGAGCCCGGCGCGCCCCCCUCCGGACAAGAGGGCCUCUCAGGGUGACCACAGGACGGACUACGGCCCUCCGGCGGGCGGCUACGGGCCGCCCCCCGCCGCGCAGAAGGACACGGCCGCCUUCGGGGCCUGCUCCCCUCUCCGGGGCCCGGGCUUCGAGGCGCCGUGCAAGCAGGAAGGCGAGCUGGACCGCAGGAGCGUCAUCUUCUCGCCGGGCGCCGGCGAGCAGGGCAGCCCCGCGCCCCACCCCUACCCCGCCGGGCUGGACAGAGACCCUUUGGAGCCAGCGCCCAAGGGGGUGUGGCCCGGGGCCAGCCAGCCCUACCCCCACGGCGGGCCGGUCCCGGACCACCUGGCUGGAAGGCUGCGGCCCAACCCCAGCUGCCCGGUGCCCAUCAAAGUGUGUCCGCGCUCCCCGCCCCCGGAGACGCGCACCCGGACCUCGAGCUCCUGCUCGUCCUACUCGUACGCCGAGGACGGCAGCGGCGGCUCACCGUGCAGCCUCCCGCUGUGUGAGUUCUCCUCGUCCCCCUGCUCCCAGGGGGCCCGCUGCCUCGCGGCCGAGCCGCAGGAACCAGGGCUGGCGGGGGACGGGCUGUACGGCCAGGCUCGGCCCCAGAUCAAAUGCGAGCAGUCUUACGGAACCAACUCCAGCGACGAGUCGGGGUCGUUCUCGGAAGCAGACAGUGAGUCAUGCCCGGUGCAAGACAGGGGACACGAGGUCAAACUUCCCUUUCCUGUGGAUCAAAUCACCGAUCUUCCGAGGAACGAUUUCCAGAUGAUGAUAAAGAUGCACAAACUCACCUCAGAACAGCUCGAGUUCAUUCACGACGUUCGCCGGCGCAGUAAGAAUCGCAUCGCCGCUCAGCGCUGCCGCAAGAGGAAACUGGACUGUAUUCAAAACUUAGAAUGUGAAAUUCGCAAAUUGGUGUGCGAGAAAGAAAAAUUGCUGUCGGAGAGAAACCAGCUGAAGGCGUGCAUGGGGGAGCUCCUGGACAACUUCUCCUGCCUUUCCCAAGAAGUGUGCCGGGACAUGCAGAGUCCCGAGCAGCUCCAAGCCCUACAUCGUUACUGCCCCGUCCUCCGCCCCGUGGACCUGCCCGCCGCGGCCCCCGGGAUCAACCCCGCGCCCGCCGGUUUGGAGCCGGGCCCGGCCCCCACCUCGGCCGGGGAAAGGAUGCAGUGCUGCCCGGAGCCGAGCCCCUGGCUCCUCAACAACGCGGCCGAGAACUGCACGGCGGGGAGAGGGCCGGACGGGCCGGGCCAGGGGACGUUCUCGGAGAGGGGGCCCCCCCUGGACCUGGGCAGCCAGACGGUGACCGUGGACUUCUGUCAGGAGAUGACUGACAAAUGCACAACGGACGAGCUGCCCCGGAAAGAUUACACCUAGUGGCGGCGGCGGAGGCGGGAAGCCGGCGGGGUGGGCGGGACGGCCGCUCUGACGCUCUAGCGGGUCGUCGUUCACGCGUCGUCUGGAAAGGACGAAUUUGGUGCACACUACAGUGAUCUUAGCAGCAAUACUGAAUUUUUAAGUAUUCCCUCCUCUCUCUAAGCAGGAGUUACCUUCACAAUGGUGCUAUCCCUCGCUCGCUCAAGCAGGGAAUCGAACAGUGGGAACACUGUCUGUUUUUGUAUGUUGAUUUCAAUCGUAACAGGGAUGGACACGACACCUCUGAGGACCCCCCAACCACACAGCUUUUUCUCUCAGUGGCCCAUGUCACCGAACCCUAUCUCAGGAAUCUCCUCUGAAUGUUCAAUUUUUCAUGGAAGACAGCUUCUAUACACAUCAAAGUUUUAUAGCUAAACUGUACAUAUUAUAUAUAAUAUAUAAAUACAUAUAUAUAUAUAUAUAAAUAUCUAUCUCCAUAUGCAAAACUCCCUGCAUGCCUCAAUCUUCUCAUCCCCCAAACUGGAAACUUUCAUUUCUCACAUAGAAGCAGUUCCAACAUUCCUUCCGAGUUCCCGCCUCCCACCUCCCACCUACCCCCGCCGCUUGCCCUCUGUCUUCGUUGCUAGCCGUUAGCUUGGUAGCUGUUAAAAGGCGAUUUUUUUCAUCUUCUCCCCUCUCCAACAUCCCCCACCCCCACCUCCCACCCGAGUUCCCCCGUUCAGCAAUUUCACUCAGUUUGUGCUUAUUUAUAAAACAUUUCAACGUCGGAAGCUCAUCUGAGGGUUUAUUACCUAUCUCUUUUUGUUUUCCUUUGCCUUGGGCCCAUUCGAGGUGUGGCCAUCUGAGCAUUGUGGAAUUUGGGGUGUGUUUGUCCCUUAGCAGACAUUGUACAGUAAUGGUCAGCUUUGCCACUUGCACUGAGUUUUGGGUCAAACCUAUUUUCAUAAAUGAAGUCGCAACUUCAGUAUAACUCACAUAUACUGUAUAUUCUUUGCUUUUUAGUUCAAAAAGUAAAAACGUUUUAGCUACUAAAAGCACUCAGGUGAUAAUUAUGUAGGAAGAAAAACAGUCUUGCCAAAUAAUGAAUUCGCCCUACAAGUGUGCAGGUGAUAAUCCGCUUGAAUAUUUUUGUAGCUCACCUUGCCAUCCCCGCCUUUCACCCACCAAGCCGAUGCCCGAGUUCACGGCCGGGAGUCCCGGGGGGUUAGGUUGGUGGAGGUGGUGGUGGUGGUGGUGGUGGUGGUGAGAAAGAUCGGACUUCUCUCCCGAAAUGCCUUUAUUUGGGCUACUUGCCAGGCCUCAUCCUGACUCUCUGGGCUUGCUUUCGGAAAUCAGAUUUAACCUGAACCUCCCCCUUCUCCUCCCCUCCGUCCCUAGCAGCGAGCAAGUCAUGUUCAUUUCAACCCUUGAGUCGAUCUGCGCUCACUCUCCAAAGCGUCAAACACGUUGAAGGCCGGCCGUCCUCCCGCCGAGUUUGUGAAAGAAAUGGGGACGACCCUCCGAGGGAAUUUCUGGAGUUGAUGGGCUAAAAACCGGAGUCACGAGUCUUCAAACGGGCCGAGGAAUCCAAGCCGACUUUCCCUGGGAUGGGGAAGACCGCGAGCCGUGCUUGGCUCCGGGGUCGCUCAUCUCCCAAGGUGACUUUCCCUCCACGCACCCGACCCCCUGCCUCAUGCCAAGGCCGGGCCUAAGGCCCCAGCAGGAUGACCCGUGGACACCGUUCCUCUGGCUGGAAGCCGGAGUUCUCCUCUCACGCUAAAGUUUACAAGUAAGGUGUUACCCUCUCGAGAUCUCUGGCGGGGCUCACGGUCGCUCAGCUUGGCUCAGCCAGCGUCUUUCUUCAGGCAGACGUUCAUCUCCGCCACCCCCUUCCCAGUCCCGGAGUGCUUUUGACCGUCCACGCUCGGACUCCGGCCCGUGUUCCAGCGCGAUUUCUCGCCUCGCUCAUCCCUAGCUCCGGUCCAGCUCCGAAGGAGGACCACGGAUGAUUUCCUAUGGGGUUAGGGUGCCGGACGGCGGGGAGUGGAGGGCGGUCUUUCCGAUUCUUCGUUUGUGCCAUUGUUUCUUUGGGCCAAUAUUGAGCCGCGUGAAAAAGAGAAAAUUAGUGUCUAACGUAGGAGAAAAGUGAAACCAUCAUACCUUGUUUUAGUAUUAACUUUUUCUGUACAAAAUACUCGCCCUGAAUGUUUAACUAUGAAUUGAUCCCAGAGAUUGCUGAUCCAGUCAGUAAGGAGAAAAAGUAAUUUCUUUUUUUCCAAUGCUUUCUUUUUAUAAUUCUGCCUCUGGGAUUGUGUGUGUGUGUGUGUGCGUGUGCGUGCGUGCAUGUUUGUGUGUGUGUGUGUACAUGUGCGCAUGCGUGCUCUCCCAGGACACAAAUUCUUUUAGCACUCGUUUCGGAGAAUUCCACUUUUUGUCAUUGCUGUUUCAAUUUCUGCACCUCGUGAAGCAAAUCCGUACUUCCCUCACCAAGGUUUGGGAUGGUGGAGGAUGGCGGUGACAGAUGGAAUUUAAAACUAAAUGUGAAUCACACGAUAGCUUCAUAGGCUUGUGCUUUGGGGAGGAGAGGUGUCAACUGACAGUAUUUUUUAACUCUCUUGUGUUGCCUUAUUUUUUGUUGUUGUUGUUGUUGCUGUUGUUGUUUAAAGUGACCUCUUCCUUUAAAAACCAACACGUGUUUAACGAGUGUGUAAGUUACGAAAUCCAAACCGGCUUUUUGGCUUGAUUAACCCUGUUUAGACGACUCACGUGCAACUGGUAUCCUUGACUGCAUUCCAUCUGUGGGUUAUCUCUGUGGACAUUUUCCAUUGGCCCAGGCUCUGGGCUGCACCUCUGGCCUCUCUUUUUCCCCCCCUCCCCCUCCCCCUGCACCCCCCUGGUUCUUUUCUGUCCCCCAUCCUGGGGGGGGGGGGGGGGAGCGGCUCCGAAGAGGUCUCAUCGAGCAGGUCCGGAUCGUUUGGCUAUUUCAUUGUUUACCGUGAGCCCUGCGUGGCUGGUUUGGUGAAGUGGCUUCGUCUGACCUUUGCUCUUUUGAGCUGUGGGACUGUCAGACUGUUGCUGGAUGAACAGAAGGGGACAUUGAGAAGGACUCGCUCCAGCCCCGGGUCCAGCUGAAUGGCCUAAAAUAUUCAAAAGCAAACCCACCAUCCCCUCUCUUUCCCCCCUUCCCUCCGCCCCCAAAAUCAAGAUGCAAAAGUGGAAAGAAAAAGUUUGUAAAUAACAGCGGUUGUGGAAGUGUUUUCGACAGCGAUUGCUUUCCCCCUGAAACACAACAGCUGCCGGGUAAUGGUCUCCAGGGGUCCCAACUGGACCCAUGUUGGUUUGAAAUUGGGGUCUUUUAGGCAGCCCCCCCAGUGGAAGAGUUGGGUGGUGGGCUACACCAACCUUGGUUUCCUCUUUCUGCCUACGUCUCGGACCCCCCUCCCCCGUCCCCCCCCACCACCAACCGUGAGGUCUGCCUCGGUUCUACUUGUAUUUUGCCAGAAAACCUCAUUUCAUUUAGGCUUAGGAUGCUUUUUGUCAGGUGUGUGCUUCACUCCAUAAUAUAUUUAUUUCUCUGCAUUAUCUGGGGGUGCCUUGAAACUAAAAUGGAACUACACACUGAUUCUGGAACAAAUUGGUUGAGAGAAGAGGGGAGGGUGGAGAGGGGAAAGUCAACCCAGUCGUACCGAUAUUUAUAUCCCGGACAUCCUACGGAAUUGACGACUCAGGCAUCUGAGUUGAUGCUGCAGUGUGGAGCUCUUAUUUUGUAUAUUGUACAAGUAAUUUAUUUAAUGUCUCUUUCUAAGGGUAUGCUGCUUUGAAGAUGCACUAUAUUUUGGGAUUUAAUCCUUCGAGUAUUGUUUUCCCAAGGAAGUAAAACUGUUUCCUUGCAAAGGCUGACCCUGGAGACUAGUGGUGCCGGACGGCUAGGGGUCUCUUAAAAGGGAGUGCGAGGCGGCCGGCCCCGAGCAUGAUGGAAAACGGCGGCCGGCCCCGAGCUCGACGGGCAAUGGCUACGGGGCGGUUCAACCCCACCGACACCAGUAGUCGCCGGGCAAAUUUUCUGGCUCAUUUUACAGUCACCAAAGCGCCUACAGGGAAGCUCUGGAGACCAAUCGUGCUAAAAUCCCUGGGGAGGCGGGAGUUUUGCUGAAAUUAGAAGUAAACGGGAAGUUGGAAAAACAGGCUGCUUGCCCCUAGGUGAGGGUCUUUUCCCAGGAACUCAGAAAGCUUUCAAAGCGAGGCUCACUGCACGGAGUUCAAGCCAAGCCUGUAGCCGACCGCGUCCAAAGUCGCCCACUUGUUCAGGAUGGGGCUGGGGCAGGAGGAUCCGAGAAGACAGUUUCAACGCUUGUGUUAAACGUAGGGUGGGUGCAGCUUAAAAGUUCCCCCACAAGACUUCGUUUCCUGCGGGAGCCUGCGAAGGCCGAAUAGCAAAGGGGACCCCCACAAGACGGUCUUAUCCUAAAAACUGAGUAUUCCUCCGGAGGGAAAGGCUCUCGAUGUGGGUUAUGUCUCUGGCAAGGCAGUAGAGAUGGUGAUACGCUCUGGGCGGAUGGAGUAUCCAUAUCCACACGGGAGGUGUGUAUAUGUAUGUGCUUGUGUAUAAUAUGUAUAUGUGUAUUUAUAUCGUCUGAAUUAUUUUACGACCCAGGCAUCGGAUGUGAUGCUGUAGACUACUAUAGAUAUAUGUGUGUGUGUACACACACACACAUAUAUCUCUAUAUCUAUCUACAUAAUUUGUGCACACGUGUGUGUGCCAGUGAUACGUGUGUAUAUAGAAAAGACCUAUUGUGGUAGAUUGGGCAUGAGCUAUUAAUCGGACAGGGCAUCGGUCUUACUGGCGCUGAAAAGUGUAUGUACAGUAUUUUCCUACACUCCACCACGAUGGAUAUUAUUUAUAUCAAAUGAAUAUCAGCGACUCGCUUUCAAUUGUAAAAUGAGCAUAAUGCUGCCGUUUCAUGAAGAAAACCACUCUGUCGGGAGGGCGGUCGGCGUAGCUUCUAUUUACCAGUGGCCCCGGGGGGACGUGGGAGGACGGGAUGAGGGUCUGAGCUGGACCCUCCAGGAGAGAGCGGGGCACGGCAGGACCCGCAAGCUCUCCCUUUUCGGGAGAAAGGCUCCCCCGGCCCCCCACCCCCCCACCGGCGGAGGGCGAGUCGAGGGCCAGGGGUCCCCCUUGGCUUGGAGGGCGGGCUGCCCCCUCGAAUUUGUUCCAGAACCAGUCAGGUCCAAGUGCACCUCUAAUCUAUGCCUUACAACCUGCAGAGGUCAUAUUCAAAACAGGGUUUUACCAGUGUAUGCAAGGGGCACAAAGCCCCUCUCCUCUUCCUCCCCAGGUCAGACAAUAUGGACAGUUUUCACACAUAUCUACCUGUAUACUCCUCUGUACCUCUCAUAACUGGUCAAUGACUGUAACAGGUUACAUCAGGUGUUUUUCUACAUACUUUUUACACAGAUUCUAUGCGAUUAAUGUAACAAAUUCAAUGCAUCAUUUUAUUGUACUAGUUCUUAAGCCUGUCUAUUAUUUUUUUUUUCUAGGUGACUGUGGUUUCUCGUGAUUUUUAUUGUAAAAAUGAGAUGGCUGUUGAUGCUUACUCUCUGUUACUAAGAAUUUUUACCUUUUUGGAAAAUAAAGCAUUGCUAUGAACUAAUGAAUUAACUUCAUUUACUCAUUGUAAAUACAGUAUUGUGGAGGAAAAAAAAAACCGAAAAACCCUUUUCAUUCAUUUGAAUUGCUAGUGUUAACUGAAUUUUGUCUAGACACCAUUUCUGUUGAUGAAAUAAAGACAUAUCAUUAUGUAUUGUAAAUUAA